AUGACAAAACUAGCGCUUAUUGUUCUUCUUCUGGCUAUUGCCACCACGCAGACACUCGCUCAAUGGGGAAUGGGUCCCCCGAUGGGAGGGAUGGGUCCAAUGGGAGGAAUGGGAAUGAUGGGAGGAUACCCUGGGAUGAUGGGUCCGGGAAUGGGCUAUGGAGGCAUGGGACCAAUGGGUUACGGUGGAAUGGGAAUGAUGAGACCCGGCAUGGGAAUGUACGGCCCAGGAAUGGGAAUGGGAAUGGGACGCAUGGGCGGCAUGGGUACGUUGACAGAUAUUAUUGCUAAUCAAUGAUCACAGUAAUAUGUGCCUUUUAUGUUGCUGGAAGCACGUUUAAAUUGUGAUUUUUCAGGAUGGGGAUAA